CGCUGUUCUUUACUUGAGGUACAAUAAAAAGUCGGACUGGUCGUUUCACAGAAUCCUGCUUUCGUUUCUAUUAUUUUCUUAGAAAAAAGUAUUUUAGGCGAACUUGCCCCUUUUGGAAAACGCUCGGUUACACAAUGUAUUGCUAUUUUAUAUAUUUUUGUUUUUAUAACGGAAACGUCUUUCUGAAGCAUCUUUAAAUCCGCUCUCACCACCCAAUACCUAGCAGCGUUCACUGAGGAAAUCCGACUCAAAGACUCGACUCUUUCACACACGGCACCAUAGCGCAGUAUGACAGACCACAUCCGCCAUAAAAGAGCCGACCGAAGUAAACAUCGCUGCAAACUUAGAGACACGGAGUAACAAAGGGGACAUCUCUAAAUCAUUUGCAAGUAAAAUAUGUUUCUAUAUAUCUUUGGGUUGGUGGUGUUAUUCUAUGCCUACCGAUGGUUUAGAGAGCUGAAGCAAGUGGCAAACAAAUCAGAGAAAUAUGUCUACAUUACUGGGUGUGAUACAGGCUUUGGAAAACUUCUGGCCAAACAACUGGACAAAGAAGGAUUCUGUGUAAUUGCUGGCUGUUACACAGAAAAAGGAGAGGUUGAGCUGAAGAAGACCUGCUCUGCCAGAUUCUCUACUGUUCAGUUAGAUGUUAGUGAUAAUGAUAGCAUUAUGAAGGCUGCAAGCAUCAUUAAAACUCUUGUGGGAGAGAAGGGUCUCUGGGCUGUUGUAAACAAUGCAGGAAUAUCUCAGCCAUCAGGGCAUGUUGAUUGGAUGGUCAUUAAUGACUUUAAGACCAUAAUCAAUGUCAACCUAUUAGGGGUCAUUGCUGUGACCUUGAGUGUGCUACCCUUCAUUAAGAAAGCUAAGGGCCGCAUUGUCAAUAUCUCCAGCGUGCUUGGAAGAAUAUGUUUAUCUACAGGGCCAUACUGUGUCUCAAAAUAUGGAGUGGAGGCAUUCAAUGACUGCUUGAGGUUAAACAUGAAAUUAUUUGGAGUUAAGGUACUGUGCAUUGAACCAGGAUUCUUCAAAACGGACAUGGCAAAUACUAGUCUUAUUCAAGACAGUUUCCAGAAAAUCUGGAACAGACUGCCACAAGAUGUCAAGGAUGACUAUGGAAGUGACUACAUUGACCAGAUUAAAGUAACCAUGACAGAGAGGUUUGGGAAGAAGCUGGAUGGAGAUCUGAUGAAAGUGGUGGGCUGUAUGGUGCAUGCUGUCUCUGCUGUCCAUCCUCGCACCCGCUACUCUGCUGGCUGGGAUGCAAAAUUCUUCUGGCUGCCUCUGUCCUACAUGCCAUCCUUUAUCUCAGAUCGCAUGCUAUUGAAAACCAUGAUUAAACCUAAGGGAUUCAAAUUAAUAUAAAUCUCGUACCAAGAUUGUCACAAGACAUAAUCAUUAAAAUCUACAACAUAAUAAAUUGUAGUAUAGAAUUUUAAUAAAUCUACCAUGAUUUAGUUCUUAAUUAGUAUAGUUAGGUAUGAGGGAGAAACUGAACAAAUGUGUAAAAACUGUUUCUUGUUUGUAUCUACAGUAAUUAUUCUAUGUAACCUAAAGAUAUACAUAAGUACAUAUAAGAUAUGACAUAUUAGGAUAUAUUUUAAAUAAAUUGUCAUGACUGCCAUUCCCUUUUCAGUAGUUUCCAGCCACAUUGUCACUGGCUAAGAAUGACAUUCAACCCUGCUUUUUAUGCCAUAAGAAACCAAUCCAACUUAAGAGUGUCUAGAAAGAUGUUUGAGGAUUACUUUCAACAAUUUAUACCACUAUCAAGAGAUUAACAUAGCAGAAUCUGUACAAGGUAGUAGGAAAGUUAAACCAGGCCAAUUCUGCUUUACAUAUUUUUAUAACAGAGGGACAAGAUUCAAAAUAAGGAACAACACAGCCUUAAAUUUAAAUUACUGCUUUUAUAUUUAUGUAGGCAAAAUAAAUGCAUUUAUACAUAGCUUAUGGAGUGCUGUAUACCUGUUCUGUUUUUCCUGGGUUUUUUUGCAUCCCUAUUUGGAUAGUGUAAAAUCAUCCAUACACCCAUGUUUAUUUCACUCAGCUAUUUCAAUCAGCUAGUUAUUUUACUCAGCUUUGCAUAAUUGGCUUUUUUAUGCUUUUGAAAAUGCAUGGAAUGACAAUGAGCCCUAUAGUACUAUUUCUACUUAAAAAAGAUGUUGAAGUAGUACAAAGCAAUAGAGCUCACAGGGUUUAUGGCACAACCUGAGUGGCAGUGCUUCUUAAUGUUUUGAUACUUGUCAGUAGUAUUUUAGAAACACAUCUGUGUUUUUUUCCACAGUGUGUUGUCUUAAUAAGAAGGCAAAUUACAGACUACUGUGUGUAAGGUGAUAUUACUUUUUAUUUGCAAUACAUUUCACACUAUCCAAUGUCAGACAGAUGUGAAUGGGUUCCUAUUUGAAUCUGGUUCCUCACAAGAUUGUCUUUUUUCUUGUCAUCAUCACCCCUGGCUUGCUCAUUAGGGAUACAUAUAUGAAUGGAAAAUGUAUUUCCUGAAUGUUUACAGUAAGAACGUUUGUAAACCUGCUUUGUGAAAAUGUCCAUUAUGAAAACUGAUACUGUAUACAAAUAAAAUAAAAUUAAAUUAAGAAUUGAUGUGGCAACACUGGCCACUGUAUAAAGCCUACAUAAAUGCUAAGUUGUAUUCAAUAUAAGAAACUGGACUAGUAAAAGUACAACCAAACCACA